CUCAGCUGUGGCCCCUGAGCACUGUCCUUCACAUUAUAACCUGCCGACGUCUGGAUAUUCAGCAUGGGUAAAGGGUUUGGUGCCGAGAAUAUGGGGAAGAAGAAAAGGAAGGAGAGGGAUUUGGAUGAGCUGAAGAAGGAGGUGUCCUUGGACGACCACAAACUCACUUUGGAGGAUCUGGGAAAACGCUAUGGAGUGGACCUCACACGGGGCCUGACCAACGCCAAAGCCCUGGAGGUUCUGGAAAGGGACGGUCCGAACGCCCUGACCCCCCCGCCCACCACCCCCGAGUGGGUCAAGUUCUGCCGUCAGCUCUUUGGCGGCUUCUCCAUCCUGCUCUGGAUCGGUGCCAUCCUCUGCUUCCUGGCCUACUCCAUCCAGGUGGCCACAGAGGACGAGGCGGUCAAUGACAACCUGUACCUGGGCGUGGUGCUGUCAGCCGUGGUCAUCAUCACUGGCUGUUUCUCCUACUUCCAAGAGGCCAAGAGCUCCCGGAUCAUGGACUCCUUCAAGAAAAUGGUGCCACAGCAAGCGUUGGUGAUCCGUGAGGGGGAGAAGAUGCAGAUCAAUGCUGAGUUUGUGGUGCGGGGAGAUCUGGUGGAGAUCAAAGGAGGAGACCGCAUCCCGGCUGACCUUCGAGUGGUCUCCUCCAGCGGGUGCAAGGUGGACAACUCGUCUCUGACGGGAGAGUCGGAGCCUCAGACUCGCUCCCCAGAGUUCACACAUGACAAUCCUCUGGAAACCCGCAACAUCUGUUUCUUCUCCACCAACUGCGUCGAGGGUGGCGCUCAUGGCAUCGUGAUAGGCACCGGGGACCAUACAGUGAUGGGUCGCAUCGCCACGCUGGCGUCAGAGCUGGAAGUCCGCCGUACGCCCAUCAACAUCGAGAUCGAGCAUUUCAUCCACCUCAUCACGGGCGUGGCUGUCUUCCUGGGCGUGAGCUUCUUCAUCCUGUCAAUCAUCCUGGGCUACAGCUGGCUGGAGGGCGUCAUCUUCCUCAUCGGCAUCAUCGUGGCCAACGUGCCUGAGGGCCUGCUGGCGACUGUCACUGUGUGUCUGACUCUCACUGCCAAGCGAAUGGCCAAGAAGAACUGCCUGGUGAAGAACUUGGAGGCCGUAGAGACUCUGGGCUCCACCUCCACCAUCUGCUCCGACAAGACGGGCACGCUGACCCAGAACCGCAUGACCGUGGCCCACAUGUGGUUCGACAACCAGAUCCACGAGGCGGACACCACUGAGGACCAGACGGGUUUAGGAUUUGACAAGAGCUCUGCUACUUGGGUUGCUCUGUCUCGCGUGGCCGGGCUAUGCAACAGAGCGGAUUUCAAAGCCGGACAGGAGAACUUCCCCAUCCUGAUGAGGGAGACAGCGGGGGACGCUUCAGAGUCCGCUCUGUUCAAAUGCAUCGAGCUGUGCUGUGGGAGUGUUCGUGAGAUGAGAGCCAGAAACACCAAAGUGGCCGAGAUCCCGUUCAACUCCACCAACAAAUACCAGCUCUCUGUCCAUGAAGCAGAAGACAAUCCCUCUGGUCAUAUUCUGGUCAUGAAGGGAGCGCCAGAGAGAAUCUUGGACAGGUGCAGCAGCAUCAUGAUCCACGGCGAGGAGCAGCCACUGGAUGAAGACUUGACGGAUGCUUUCCAGAGUGCCUACAUGGAGCUGGGAGGACUGGGAGAGAGAGUGCUGGGCUUCUGCCACUUGAAUCUGUCUUCAUCCCAGUUCCCUCGAGGGUUCACCUUCGACAGCGAAGAAACCAACUUCCCCACCGAGAAGCUCUGCUUCCUGGGUCUCAUCUCCAUGAUUGAUCCGCCGCGUGCCGCUGUGCCCGACGCAGUGGGUAAAUGCCGCUCUGCCGGUAUCAAGGUGAUCAUGGUGACUGGGGACCACCCAAUCACGGCCAAGGCCAUCGCCAAAGGUGUGGGCAUCAUCUCCGAGUGCAAUGAGACGGUCGAGGACAUCGCUGCAAGGCUGAAUAUCCCUCUGAGCCAAGUUGACCCCAGGGAUGCCAAGGCUUGUGUGGUGCACGGCUCGGACCUGAAGGAAAUGAGCCCCGAGUACCUGGACGACUUGUUGAGGAACCACACCGAGAUAGUGUUCGCUCGCACCUCCCCUCAGCAGAAACUAAUCAUAGUGGAGGGCUGCCAGAGACAGGGGGCGAUCGUGGCUGUGACGGGCGACGGCGUCAACGACUCCCCGGCCCUGAAGAAAGCCGACAUCGGCGUUGCCAUGGGAAUCGCAGGCUCUGAUGUGUCCAAGCAGGCGGCUGACAUGAUCCUGUUGGACGACAACUUCGCCUCCAUCGUCACCGGGGUGGAGGAGGGUCGUCUCAUCUUUGACAACCUGAAGAAGUCCAUUGCAUACACGCUGACCAGCAACAUCCCAGAGAUCUCACCCUUCCUCCUCUUCAUCUGUCUGAGUGUUCCUCUUCCUCUGGGGACCGUCACCAUCCUCUGCAUUGACCUGGGCACUGACAUGGUUCCAGCCAUCUCAUUGGCCUAUGAGACAGCUGAGAGUGACAUCAUGAAACGCCAACCGAGGAACCCCAAGACGGACAAGCUGGUCAAUGAACGCCUCAUCAGCAUGGCGUACGGACAGAUAGGGAUGAUCCAGGCUCUUGCUGGUUUUUUCACCUACUUUGUGAUUUUGGCUGAGAACGGCUUCCUUCCAAAUAAGCUGGUGGGUAUCCGCGUCAGAUGGGACGACCGCGAAGUAAAUGAUGUGGAGGACAGCUUCGGGCAGCAGUGGACCUAUGAGCAGAGGAAGAUCAUUGAGUUCACCUGCCACACCUCCUUCUUCAUCAGCAUCGUUGUUGUGCAAUGGGCUGAUCUGAUCAUCUGCAAGACCCGGAGGAAUUCCCUCUUUCAACAGGGCAUGAAGAACAAGAUGCUGAUCUUCGGUCUGUUUUUCGAGACGUCUCUGGCUGCCUUCCUCUCCUACUGCCCUGGGAUGAACAUUGCCUUGCGCAUGUACCCCUUGAAGCCCAUGUGGUGGUUCUGUGCCUUCCCAUACAGUCUUCUCAUCUUCAUUUAUGAUGAGGUCCGUAAAUUAAUUCUGAGGAGGAGCCCCGGAGGUUGGGUGGAGCAGGAGACAUAUUAUUAACAUUCAGCAAUGUCAGUUUGAAUUGUGUGUAUGUGAGUGUGGGUGUGUGUGUGUGUCAUGAGUAAUAUUGCAAGGAUCAGUUCACAAAUCUGAUUAUCACAAAAAAUAAGCUUUUGAUUGUGUUUCUCAGAAAACAUUUCCAAAGAACAAUGUUAAUACUGUAUGUGCCUUACAUGAACUGUAACUGAAGUGAUGUAUCAUGGCCUUUUUGGCUAUGGAGGAAUACCAAAUGUGGUUCGUCAUGUGAAAUGUACCAAAUAAAAUGUAUUCCA